CUUGAACCACAAAAUAAUAGACCACUUAUUUCCAGGUCGCAAUUGAAAUGGCACCCUCAGCCGUCGAAUCUGAAAUACUCUCGCCUCCGGGCAAUUCCUUGAACUUCCUCAAAGAAAAUGCCAAAAUGCUGCAAAGCGCGAUGCCGACAACCGAACCCUCGACUAAAGCCACCCAACCACCAAGUCAACCCCACGAAGAGCAUCAAUACCUCGACCUGAUCAAUGAUAUCCUGAAACGUGGCGAACACCGACCAGACCGUACCGGCACAGGGACAUUAUCUCUCUUCGCACCUCCACAAUUACGCUUCUCCCUCUCCAAACCCGAUCCAUCGAACCCGUCUGGAGACAGAAUCCCCGUAUUGCCUCUCCUGACGACGAAACGAGUAUUCCUUCGAGCAGUGACGACGGAACUACUAUGGUUCGUGUCAGGAUGCACGACGUCAAAACCUUUAUCCGAAGCAGGCAUCCACAUCUGGGACGGCAACGGGUCACGCGAGUUUCUCGACAAAUUGGGAUUUACGGAGCGGGAAGAAGGUGAUCUUGGUCCAGUGUACGGAUUCCAAUGGCGACAUUUCGGCGCCGAGUACUUGGAUCCUAACGCCGACUAUACCAACAAAGGCGUGGAUCAAAUCAAAGAAAUUGUUCGCAAACUCAAACACAGCCCCUACGACCGCCGAAUCAUCCUCAGUGCAUGGAACGUCGCGGAUUUGUCCAAGAUGGCACUGCCGCCGUGCCAUAUGUUCGCACAAUUUUACGUGAGUUUUCCGGACGCGGCAAGAGGGGAAGCUGCGCUACAGUCAUUGUCAGAAAAUGGCAAUAAUGAUGACAACACUGAUAAGAAAUCUCGUGGCCACCUCUCUUGUGUUCUGUACCAACGGUCCUGCGACAUGGGUCUGGGUGUGCCGUUCAACAUCGCCUCGUACGCUUUACUGACGCACAUGUUGGCGCAUGCAUGUGACUUGGUCCCCGGGGAGCUGAUCCACACUAUGGGUGACGCUCAUGUGUAUCUCGACCAUGUCGACGCGCUCAAGGAGCAAUUGGUUCGUGAACCAAGAGAUUUCCCGACCUUAAACAUCAAGCGAGAUGAUCGUGGGAGUGGUGAGAUGGACGGUUGGAAACUCGACGAGUUGGAGGUCAUCGGGUAUAAGCCGCACGGUGGCAUUAAGAUGAAAAUGAGUGUAUGAUUUGGUCAUGAAUAGCGGUUUGAGAAUCGGUCAUGAUGGUGCAUGACAAUAAGGGGCAUAUUGGGCACAAGGUAUAUUGUAUAUAUGCAUGGAUGUGUGUAUAUCGCAGGGCGUUUCAACGGUACUAGGAAUCACUUCAACAAUGAGAUUUCUGAUGAGCAGCAAUGAUUCAUG